ACUGAUCUGAGGAGCUGAUCAGGAAAACAUCUCAACCUAACAAUACACGUACAUGGUUUUUCAAGUCAUGUGUAUUCGGGUGGAGAUCCCAUUAAACUCGCACACGAACCUUUUACAGAUGCAAAUAGGCCACGAAUGUCAAACAUUCACACCUGCGUCCUGCCGCCACUCGGCUCGCUUUGAUCACCUCUGCUCUGACGGAAGGCUGGCUGGCUGGCUGGCUGGGUAUUUAAUGCCAUUCCAAGAGAAGUCCGAUCAUUCCAUGCUGAACACCAAUGGCAGUCGUGCAUGGCGACCUUGGGAAUGGACAGUUCCAGCCAUUUCCAGCUGCAGAUUUGGAAAGGAGGACUAACAUGCACACAACAGUUUUUACUCAUUUCUCCUCCGGUUACGCAGCUCAAGACAGGACGAGGUUCCUCGACGGCGCCUCCAGAGCGGACAGCGCGAGCUUGUUUACGCACCGCAGAAAACGCACCAACUUCACGCAGCAGCAGAUUGACGUCCUGGAGAAAGUCUACUUGGACACCAAAUACCCUGAUAUUUAUUUAAGAGAGAAACUUGAGGCACUGACCGGCUUGCCAGAGUCGAGAAUUCAGGUGUGGUUCCAGAACCGACGAGCCAAGUCACGGCGCCAGGUGGGGAUUCCUGUUCCAAAUAAGACCAGUGGAAAUGUCCUGACCCCCAACAGCCUCCUUAUGAACCAGUUUACCACAGAUCAGAAUCACACUGGCCUGGAGACACACAGACUACCAACGGUUGCCACAAGGGACAACUUCAGUCAACAGCUGAUCAACUCUUCAGAUGAGAUCUGCACCAUGAAAGGUGACAUGUACAACCCAACCAUGAUUCCGUGCAUGUUCAGCAGAACCGAGGAGAACCAGAUCAAAACAGAUCACCUGAGUGUCGUAGUGCCAUGCAAUUACACACAGCAGUAUCCGAAGGGACACGGGCAGGUUAUGAACACAAGCCAUGCUGAAUCUACAAUGAAGCAGUUUUUGGUGGAAUAUGAUGACUUCCCUCCAAACAAGACCAUUGGGCCAGAGAUGAAGGUUGUUAUUCCACCUCUCCCAUCACAGAAUAAAUUCAUGUCUUCAUCAUCCCCCAAACACGUUGCCGGUUCUGUCCAAAACAUGCCAGUAAAUGUCCAGCCGGGAAGUUUUGGAAUGUUCUCGCCCGUUAGAGCAAGCGAAGCUGUUGAGUUCUCAGAUUCCGACUCGGAUUGGGAAAGAGAAGCCAUGUCUGGUUUUAAUGGGUUGAUUUAG